UUCAAUGCCGGCGGAGCGUAGCAGAAGGCUGAAGAUGAAUCGCCUCUUCACUCAGCUUCAGGCCACCAUCCCACGCCCCCUUUCCAAGGCUACAAAGGAAGUCGUUAUAACGGAAACGAUUAGGUACAUAAAGGAGCUUGAGAGGAAGAAGAACAACUUGGAGCAGAUCAAGGAACUACUAAUUCAAAACCAUGCCAGUGGUACCACCUUCAUGCUUCCAUGCAUGGCCGAUGCUGAUAAUUGCUCUGUCACUGUCACUGUCUCCGCCAACGUCGCGUUUUUCGGCAUUCAGACCGUGGCUCGCCGAGGUUUGAUUACCAUGAUUUUGGAGGUGUUCAGCAACCACAAGGCUGAGAUUUUGGCUGCAAAUGUGGCGGUUAAUGAAGGGAUUUUGACAUUUGCAGUCACUGCUCUAUUGCAAAUUGUUGCUGAUGGGGAAGGAGAAGGAGAAGGGGCUGUUGAGAUGAUUAAGAGAGAGAUCAUGACUUUGUAGAUUCAAAGCUCCCUGCUUUUUCACUUCUUCUUUCUUACAUACACUCUACACUUACAUUUACAUUACAUGGUGCUUUCAUUUAGUACCAUGCGGCUCUUUACACACAGUAAACGAUAACAAUUUUGGCCAUGUAUUCAUGAAUAUGAUAGUAAUACUCACAUGCAAAUUAAUGACAUAUUGAUGGGGCUUGUUUUAUUUAAAGAUUCUAAUACACUUGUUUUAUUUAUACACAAAUACAUGUUGGACUAUUUUUUUAUGAACACAUUACAUUU